GGUGCCAUGGCCGGCGGGGCCAUGGCGGGCGGCAGGGAUUCGCUCCGCGCCCUGCUCCGCGCCGCCAACGCGCUCCUGCGGCAGCGCCGCUACCGCGCCGCGCUCGCCGUCAUCAAGGGCUUCCGCAACGGCGCCGUUUAUGGAGCCAAAAUCCGUGCCCCGCAUGCCCUGGUGAUGACUUUCCUGUUCAAGAGUGGAAGUUUAAGGGAGAAGCUGAAAUCCAUUGCCCAGGCCACGUACACUCACUCCCGGAACCUGGCCUAUUUUGUGUUCACCUACAAGGGGCUCCUGGCAGUGCAGUCUUGGCUGCAGGGGGAAAAAAUCCCAUUUCAUUCUUUCCUUGCAGCCUGCAUUGGGGGCUGGCUGGUGUUUGGUGACAACAAUCCCAUCAACAGCCAGAUCGUCAUGUACCUGCUGUCCCGGGUCCUGUUCGGUUUGUCCCGCCUGGCUGUGGAAAAGGGCUACAUCCCACAGCCCAGGCAGGAUCCCUUCCCUCUCCUGGCUGCCCUGGUGUGGGGCACAGUCCUGUGGCUCUUUGAAUACCACAGGGAGACUCUGCAGCCCUCCCUGCAGUCCUCCAUGACCUACCUGUACGAGGACAGCGAGGUGUGGCACGACAUGUCUGACUUCCUCAUUUACAACAAAAGGACAGACAGCAAGUAGGUGCUUCACUCUAAAACACCUUGGAAUGGAAUGGGACCUCCCAGCAGCUGAAGGAAAAGGUUAUUCUGUUGCCCUUGACCUGUGAUUUUUUAAAAUUAACAUCUGUCGAGCAGAGUUGGCUCUUGUCUCCAGGCCAGAAUGUUCUGAUCAGUCUUUUGGCUCCUUUUAGAAGAAGCACACACCCCAAGAAACUUGUUGCAGUCUUUUUUAAGAGGCCUUAUUUUCCCUACAAGUGUGGCAUUGGGGUUUGCUCUUUAAAAACUAAAUAUAUUUAAAAAGUGACAGCCUGACACUAAGUGGAGAGUAUGAAAACAUGUUCUAGGGCUCAUCUGAAUGUUUACAAGUGUUUUUUUUUCUGUGCUGCUGUGUUCACUGUGGUGUGAUCGAGGGUGAAGGGUGUGCUCUGAAAGCAGGGCCAGCAUUUCUUCAUUGCUGUGGAUAGCUGGGAAUCCUGUUUGAAGUAUUACAAAGACAGUUGUAUGCUCCUUGAGAGAAUUCCUCUUUAGUUUUCCCUCAGGGAGACAAUAAAAUGUGUGAGAAUAGAACUGUUAGGAUUGUCUUGUACAAGCCUGGUAAAUCAGGCUUGGAAAGACUAUUUUUGCUUGGUUUCUUUCCUGCACUUGGUCUGAAUCUGAGCCUCUGCAAAGUGCACUAAUGAAUACCCUGUAAUUAUUUUAAAUUUGUUUGUAAAGCUUUUAAAAGCUGCUUGAACUAAAUACCAAAAACAGUUACACAGCUUGAGCUCCUCUAUGACCAGGCCUCAGAUCUCAUGCUGGGGACUUGGUAUGUCCAAGGGAGCAACAUUUCCCAAGCACUUUUAUUUUGGUGGAGCAUGACAAGGCUUUCUCUGAGGUCCAGAAUCUGCUCUCCACAGCAGUGGAAUAUGAUGGCUGUAACCAUCAAAUCUGGCUGUAACCAGAUUUGAGUCUGAUUUUGUACCUGCAGUUUGUGCAGGCUUAAUGGAUUAAUUUAAUGGAUUAAUUUAUUAAUCAUCUUCCUCUCAAAACACUCUGCUGAGUCCCAGGAUAGGGCAGCACGCCCUGAGCUGUGACAGAAGAUUGACUAGAGAGCUGAGAAAGCACAAAAACUGGUUUAAUUAAUCAGUUAAUAAAUUCAAACGCCUCAUAGUGCAAAGCACUCACCUGCCAUACAACACUACACAGUUCACUCAGUGCUGUGCAUUGAAAGAAUCCCUGCCACGCUGGUUUGAUGUGGUGAUAUUUCCAAGAGAAUCAUUAAGCCCUUUUGGCUCAGUUGGGACUGUUUGGUUCACUUUCCCUGUGUCCACCUGCUUUUCCCUGACCUGCCCAUGGCAUUUCAUAAUCCUGCUGAUGCUCUCGUCAUCAUCUUUUGAACUCUUUACCCUCCAAGCUCUGGCAAUUUCUCCUAUUCAAUGGUACAGCUGAAACAGUACAUUUAACUUCAGGGAGCUUCUCAGUAGGAAAAAAUUCCCAAUUUCUUCUUAAGUAAUUUUUCCUUGUCCUCCUAAACUCCUUUAUUACUGUUGCAUAUAUGCAGAGUGCUGCUUUGCCCUUUAUUUUUCCACUUCUCUUUGUCCAUGCAAAUCCAUGAUGUACAUGGUGCCCAAAAACCAAGAUACUACUUUGUCAUAAUAACUCUCUGUGAUCCCUUCAACUUCUAAUUAACUGCUGUUACAGUCUGGACUGAAUAAUUGAACUGGAACAUCCAUCAGACCCUGUGAAAGCUGUAAAAUUAGGAAUUUGGUUUCUCUCUUUUGGUUAAGGGUUUUUGGGGGGGGGGUUUGUUGUUGUUGUUGGGGGUUUUUUUGUUUGUUUGGGUUUUUUGGUUUUGGUUUUGUUUUUUUUAAUAGAGAAGCAUAAAGAUUCAAUACAGAAAAACUGCUGAAGCUACAGGUGAGGUCUUAUUCCUUUAUAAACAUCUUUCUUUCCACCACUGUUGUGCAUUUGAAGCAUCACAUUUUUUCUGUCAGAAGUCUCAGUAUUGUUCCAACUAAAAGCAUUGGUCUUCUGCUAAAAUUGCUGAAUUCCUGCAAGCUUUGAUGGGAUUUCAGAAAGCUGACAGCUGUGGCUUGGGAAUUGCUCCCUAAAACUAUUAAACUCACAAAUCCUUGACCAUGUGUCAUUAUUGCAGCAAAAGAAGCUGUGGGCUGGUUCUGUGAGCUGAGUGUCUCUGAGAAGUUUUUGAUCUGUAAAAUUUGUAGCUGGUAUUUCUUUCUCUGAGAAAGGCUUGUGGCUCCCUUCGAGGUGGAAUAACCUUCCUCUGCUGGGCAUUGUACCACUGUGGCUGCUGGUGAAGCAGAGAAGGACAAGUGGCCUUUCCUGCCCUUUUCACACUGCUCUCUGUCCUCUCUAGAAAAUAAAUCCUAGCCAAAAACCAGUGUCUGCAGUCAGCCUGGCAGCAGUGACCGUGACUUCUCCUUGGUUCAAAACGCCCUUUUUCUCUUGGGAAUCUCUCCCUUCCUAAGGAACCCGUGCCUGAGCCUGCAGCCAUCUGCAGAGGAGCUGCAGGAGGCAGCUGCCAUCCCUGGAAGCCCAGCUCCUCCCGGGAGCACAGCCCCUGGGGGUUUGCUGACCGUUGGUUUUCCUGCUGUGCCGGGCCAGGACAGUAAGCUGCAAGUCACUGCUUUCCCCAGGGAAGUAAUUGGGACAGCUCCUUAAUGACCUCAGCCCCCAUGGCUGUUCUGGGACCAGAUCGCUGGGGAUGAGCCCCUUCUGCUGCCAAGGUGUUGGAACAAUGCAGGCGUGUAGUAGGGAAGUGAACUAGAAGUAAUCUGUCUGAGUCAGACUUUUGGGAUAUGUAAGUGACACUCCCUGCCCUCCCCCAGGGCAUUGUGUGGGGAAAGGAGUGCCCUGUUUGGGUUCCCUUUUUAUGAGCAUUAAAAGCAAAAGAAAUAAAGAGACAGUUGGGAAGCCACCUGCGUAUGGCCAAGUGCUUAAGGAUCACAAAGAAGGGGCAUUUUCUCCCCCCAGCCCCGAAUGGGUUUGAAUUUUAAGAUGAGCAUGGGGUUGUUUGUCUACAGCAACUUUAUUUUCCCCUUUGUUAUUUCUUUCUUGACACCUGGCUGAUGCUGAGUGUCUGUAAAGAGGAGCAGAGUGUCUCAAUCUUAGCUCAGUUUGUCAGAAGUGAGGAACACUGGAUAAAACUGAAGUGUUUAAAAUGAUGCUUCUCCCUCAGAUUUUAAGCCUCUCUUAGAGGCAGUUUUAAAGGUUAAUGAAUCGAACUGAUCAAAAGUUUUCAGCAAUCCUGAGCUUUUCAAGCAGACUGACUAUCCUGGGCUAUUAAUCAUUUAUUUUUUGAAGGAACAAAGCAGGCUCAGGGUUAUUUACUGCUGCUGCCUGCUGCCCUGGCAUACCCACUGUGCUUCCCUUCCCUUUGGAGGACAGCUUGUGUGCUGGGGCUGGCUCUGGGGAUGGCUGGAGAACCCUUUCCGGGACAAUUGCAUUAUUUAACAAGGGUGAAAACGAGACAGCUGCCUGACAUUUGGUUUAGGGAAGGUUUUCUGGGCUGUGUUUGAUGCUGGCAGUGAAGGAGAGAGUAUUUCUGAGAGCAAAACCUGUGUUUGGCCGUUCAGUGCUGCAGAGGAGAGCUCGAGGAGGCUGGGGCUGCUGGGAGGUGUGACCCUGUGUCUGUAAUGGGACAGUGCAUUUGUCCUGGCCACCACCCCUGUGUCUGUGCAAUAACCAGAGAACUGGCCCUGUUCAGGGCAUUUAUUAGAGAAUUGUUGGGUGCUUCAGGUUGGAUGACCCCUUAAAAACCAUCCCACCCCUUGCCAUGGGCAGGGACACCUUCCUCUAUCCCAGGAGGCUCCAAGCCCCAUCCAGCCUGGCCUUGGACACUUCCAGGGAUCCAGGGGCAGCCACAGCUGCUCUGGGCACCCUGUGCCAGGGUGGAGAGGGUGCAGAGAAGCUUUGAUAUUGGUGCUGUGAGACUUUCUGCCCUACUAGAGUAGGUCAAACUCUGCUUUACACCCACUGGGUGUGGGUGGAAGGGCAGAGAUGAUCCCUGGCUGCUGAAAGUGACCCAAAGCAGGGCCCCCCUGUGCAGAGGGAGCUCUGCAGCCAGCUGGGAGCUGCCAUGGCUGCCUGCUGCUGCUGGAGCAACCAGAACCCUGUGCAGAUCCUUCACCCAGGAGAAGCUGCUGGGACUCCAACUCGUUUUCCCUGCAUCAGCACAAAGGUGACCUUUGGAUAAUACCCCGAGCUGUGUGCUGCUCCCUAUUUGUCAGGCUGUGUUUGUCUCCCUGGCUCAUGCCAGCCUGAAGCAAAAUGUGCUUUCUGAUGCUGCUUUUGAAACCCAACAGAUAAGGGAGGAGGGAAAAUAAGGCGUCAUGUCUGUCUGCCACUGUUAAUAUUUUUGGGGUGUUAAUCUUGAGCUUUCAACCUGUGUGUUCCUACCAGAUUGGUGGAGGAGGUAACUUUUUUCUUUACUUUGAAGAAUUUUUGUGUUUCUGGUGAUGAGGAGGGAGAAAAACAAACUAAAAGCUCUAUAAUGCAGGUAUUAUUACCUCUGCUUUUGAGAUAUAUUUUGUAUUCAUAAUUGCUGUGUAAUCCAGGCCCUGAUUUUCUGACAGCAUAGAAUAAACUAAAGAACAUAAACUCGGGUAACUUACAUGACACUGAUCAGAAUGCUUGUAGAUGUAUCUCGGAUUUUGGGUUUAAAACAAUAAAAAGAGAGGUCAGGGAGUUCUUGAUGUGGCUCUGUCUGCUAUGAAUCACCCUCUUGGGGUCAUUAUUUCUGUAUAAUCACUCUUGGAAUAUUACAGUACUGUGCUUUGUCUACAAAUAAAAAUCCCAAUUUUUUGUCUUUU